UGGACUUGUGCUCGCCACACGCCCCUUAUCUUCUUUCACCUUCCACCUAAUUAAUUUCUCUCUCUAGCUUGAACCAGAUUAAAAAACCAGAAAAAAAGGUGGAAAAUGGGGACAAGAACACUACAAGCAGCAACAUUACUACUUCUCUCAACAGCAGUUUCCCUUGUGUUCUCUCAAACUACAGUGGCACCUGUGACUCAACAAACUCUUCAAAAAGUGGCUGGGUCACUCCAAAUGUAUGUGGAUCCACUCCCACAAAUGCCCAAAAUUUAUGGCUACAACUUGCGAAAUGGUUCCCCGGUCCCUGUCAACCUCACCAUUGGCAUGUAUCAGAAGAUGUGGAAAUUUCAUCGCGACCUUCCUGCGACAUCGGUUUUCGUCUAUGGAACUUCCCUGACGGCCGCUACUUUUCCUGGCCCCACCAUUACCGCCCGCCACGGCGUUCCCCUCUAUGUCACCUGGGAGAACCACCUUCCCCAGUCCCACAUCCUCUCAUGGGACCCCACGAUCCCCACUGCCAUUCCCAAGUCCGGCGGUGUCCCUACCGUCGUCCACCUUCACGGCAGUGUCCACUCUCCGCAGUCGGACGGCAGCCCUUUCGCUUGGUUUACUGCUGAUUUCAAAGAGACUGGCCCCAAGUGGUCCCAAACCACGUAUACGUACCCUAACGUUCAGCCGCCCGGCAAUCUCUGGUACCAUGAUCAUGCUCUUGGCCUCACUCGCGCUAACCUCCUCGCCGGACUCCUCGGUGCCUAUGUCAUUGAGAAACCGUCCGUCGACGAUCCUAUGAAUCUCCCGUGCAACGACGAUGACCUUCACCUCAUCAUUGCCGAUCGCAGCUUCAACGUCGAUGGCUCCCUCUACAUGAACGCCACCGGCAACGUCCCCUCGAUCCACCCCCAGUGGCAACCCGAGUACUUCGGCGAGGCCGUCACCGUCAACGGCAAGGCCUGGCCCUUUCUCUCUGUCCGUCGCCGACGCUACCGCUUCCGCAUCCUCAAUGCCAGCAACGCGCGCUACUUCAACCUUUCACUCUCCAACAACCUCCCGCUCUACGUCGUCGGCUCGGACUCCUCCUAUCUUUCUGCCCCCGUCACGACGCCCACAAUCAUUUUAGCCCCCGCCGAGCUAGCCGAUGUUGUGAUCGACUUCUCCUUAUCGCCCACCGGAGAGGCGGAGCUCCUGAAUAGCGCACCGUAUCCGUACCCCAACGGCACCGCGGCGGGCCCCUUGAACGGCAAGGUCAUGAAGUUUAUCGUACAACCGAAGUCGAACAUGGACCCGCCGGACAAUUCGACCGUCCCAGAGAAGGAAGUGGACUACGCAACAGUGACCACACCGGACCCAACAACAACAAUGACUAGGUACAUUGUGAUGUACGAGUACCAGACCGCGUCCGGCGAGCCGACACACUUAUACAUCAAUGGCCUACGACUGGAGGACCCCGUGACGGAGACGCCAAAAUCCGGUAGCACGGAACUGUGGCACGUGAUAAACCUAACGGGGGAUAACCAUCCGCUACACAUACACCUGGGGAUGUUUCAGGCGAUCAAAGUGCAGGAGCUACUGGACCUGCAGAAGUUCACUGCUUGUAUGAGGGUGGCGAACGACGCCGUCAAGUGCAACGUUACGGAGCACGCGGCGGGGACGACGUUGGCGGUGCCGGAGUAUGAGAAGACGUGGAAGAACGUGGUGAAGAUCGAGCCUGGGUUCGUGACGAGCGUGGUGGCGGCGUUCAAGCUGGUGGAUACAAACCAGACCUAUCCCUUCGAUGCCACGGCCGAGCCGGGAUACGUCUACCAUUGUCACAUAUUGGAUCACGAAGACAAUGCUAUGAUCCGGCCAUUGAAGAUCCUUCCUUGAACACCCAAAUUAAAGUUAUUAAAAUAUCAUAU